CUUUAACUUCCAUCUGUUUCUUCACCUUUUUCUCUCUCUCUCUCUCUCCAAACUCAAAACUCUUUUAAAGAGCUUCUGAGAGUGAAAGAGUUGCAAAAGUCUUCACUUUUUAGUUGUACUUUGUGUGUUUGUCUGAAGAAUGGUGAGUUCCACCACGAUCUCUGCUUCUAGUGCAUCAAAAAGAUCUCCAUCUCCCAUACCCCAAAAGAAGAUUAUGCUUAAGGUCAAGAGCCAACAGGAUGGAGGAGAGGAUGUAUACAAGAUUGGUUAUGGUGCACAUCUGAAGAAACUAAUGGAUGCAUACUGCACCAAGAGAAAUUUGGACAAACGCACUGUCAGAUUCAUCUUUCGCUAUAAAGAGCUCAAACCAAGACAAACUCCUGCUCAGUUGACGAUGGAAGAAGGCGACAUCAUUGAUAUUGUCACCGACCAAGGCGGUGGUUAAUCUCGCCGGAAGCUUUUCAUAAGGAAAUAACUUUUAGGCGUUUAUAAAAAAAGGAAGACUUUAAACUAUUUUUAGAUCUUAAUUAUCAAACUCUUGAGUUUCUGGUUUG